AUGGAUUCAUCCUUGCUGGAUCAAAUCAAGGAAGCUACUCAGGAAGACCAUAGUCUUGACACAACCUUGCUAGCUGUAUCAGACUCUAAAUCCAUGCCCCACAGCAUUGCACAAAAGUUCAAGGACUAUACAAUUCAGAAGGGUCUACUUUUGUAUCAAGGAAGAAUAGUUGUGCCAGAUGAACCCAAGAUCAAACAGCAGCUCUUAUCUCACUUCCAUGAUUCCCCUGCUUCUGGUUGCCAAGGAAGAGCACAAACUCUAGAGUUAAUCAGUUGUCACUAUUACUGGCCAGCAAUGAUAUUCCAAGUCAAUUGCUAUGUGGAGUCCUGUGAAAUCUGCCAAAGAAGCAAGGGCCAUGUACACAACUAUGCUCUCAACCCGCUUUCUGUCCCUGCAGGCCCCUGGGAAGACAUCUCAUAUGAUUUCAUUGUCAAGUUGUCCAAGUGUAAAGGAUAUUACAGCAUUCUGGUGGUUGUAGACUGCUUCUCAAAAAUGAUGCACUUGAUUCCCUCCAAGGAAACUGCCACUGCUGAGGAUGUAGCUCAGAUGCUCCUGCAGCAUGUCUGGAAGCUACAUGGGACUCCCAAGCACACUGUGUGUGACAGAGGGACUACAUUCAACUCCAGGUUCCUCAAGGCACUCUACAAAUCUCUGCAAACCACUCCUGGUUUCUCUACUGCUUAUCACCCACAAUCUGAUGGGCAAACUGAGAUCAAGAACCAAUGGCUAGAGGCUUACCUACGUCCCUUCAUUAAUCAUAGACAGUCUGAUUGGGUUGAUUGGCUCCCACUGGCUGAAUUUGCUCAUAACAAUGCCAGAAGCAAAGCAACAGGCAAAUUGCCCUUUGAGAUUGUGUAUGGCCAUUCUCCUGUCAUUUUACUGCUCCUAGAACCCACUGGAUUGCCUAUUGCUGAUGACAGAGCCAAGCAACUGGCUGAGACUAUUCAGGAAGUACAGGCGUCAAUCAAAUGGGCUCAGGAGCGCUACAAACAGGCAGACACAGGGAAACCACCUCCUGAGUUUCAACCAGGAGAUAAAGUUUGGCUUCUGGCUUCCAAUAUCACGUUGCAGCACCCCAACAAAAAGCUAGACCAUAAGCAGUAUAGCCCUUUCUCUGUCAUAGAGAGAGUAGGCUCUCACGCCUAUUGCCUGGCUCUCCCUGAGACCAUGAGAAUCCAUGAUGUGUUCCAUGUCAGCUUAUUGCCUGCUUUCAAACAAGACACAGAGUUUGAUUGCACAUUCACCCCUCAGCCGCCUGUAAUCACAGCAGAAGGAGAAGAAGAGUACAAAGUAGACAAAUUUGUAGAUUGGGCAGCAGAAGACAGAAUCUGGAAGGUUAUUACAAAGUAG